AUGGCGUCGUUCUGGGCGCAACUGAGGGCGAACAUGGGGAGGCUGUCGUCGAAGCCGCUCGUGGGCCUCAUCCAAGCCACGGCCGAGCCGGAGUUGCUGGUGGACGACGCGCUUGCGGUGAGCCAGGACGAGGAGGGCGCGGACGCGCGGGGCGCCGAGAUCGAUGUGACCGGACCCACGGACGUGUGGCAGCCGUGUACGGCGGUGAAGCGGAAGCUGGUGGUGUACUACGCGCAGUGGGUGGCGCUAUCGGACGUGUGCGAGGAGUGUUUGUUGGAGAUUGUCGGGGCGCGGACGGAUGUGGCGAAGGCCGUCGAGGACCAGAGGAUGCAGGAGCCGCUGUCGCCGCAGGAUGCCAGACUGCAGGUUACGGCGAUGGCCGGGGACUUGAGGAGAGAGAUGAUUGAACUGGACGCGGAAAUGGAGCGGAUAAGAGAAGGACUGGAUGGAGAAAGGGUCGAGUUUUAAAAGGGGAGUAGAACGUAGCUCGAGAUGAGUAGGUAGUGUAUGAUUCUUAUGGCCGGGCCGUCUUGGCCCUCUGUAUAAAGGCCCGCUGGCUAGUGUAGCAGACCGAUUGACUCUUUGUGCAUUAAAAGAACUCCGGUUGUAAUG